AUGGGCCGCUUGAUGCUGCAAUCUUGGGAUGGAGAAAAUUGGACCACAGAGUGGUCGCCGUCCAGUGACCCGGGCGGAGCCUGGAAUCGAGCUGAAGUACGGUUGCCGGAUGAUGCACAAGCGUUGCGGUUCCUCGGGAUGACGAGGUAUGGGAAUGCCAGCGACCUGGCUUUUGCAUUAGAUUCGCUGCAAACUUCCAAUUUUUCAACAGCAACCCAACUGCCGAACUACGAUAUCGUGGCAUGCAGCUUUGAGACCGACUCCUGCAGUUGGAAAGUCACGAAUGACGAGGCGCACUGUGCAGUGUGUGCGCUUUGUGGAUCAGAGUUUGUGCUGGGAAGCCCCGUGUUCAGAAGGGGUGAUGGUGCGGAGAGAUCCGUCCUUUUCCGCUACAACAUCUACGACGCACGUGACCCGAGCCACUUGACACUACAAUUCUGGCAUGGCAUGCUGUGGACCACCGUAUGGUCGGUCUCCGGGAACCAGGGUGACCGAUGGCGUCUUGCUCAUGUGGGACUACCAGAGGAAGCGCAAGCACUCCGCUUCACGUGCAUAAUCGGGACAGGAUUGUGCCGUGACGUUAUCGGCUUGGAUGACUUGCAGGUGCGCUCAUGGCUUCCACCGGCUAUUGUGGUAACUGCAGGUGAUUGCGAGGUUGAUGGCCCGCAAGACCUUGUAGCCUCUGAUCCGGUGCAAAUUAUGGGACUUGGAGGAUAUGGUCAGCUGAAGCUGAGAUUCUGUGCGCAGAGGCCUGUCGCCAGCAUCGGGAAUGUCACAUGCGACUUUGAGCUGGAUGCCUGUGAUUGGCAAGGUUGGCAAAGAGUUCAAGGUGAUGCUAGUUCUGGGGAGUGGUACAUGGGAAGUGACGGUGGGGGCAUAUUGCUCAGCCCACUUUUCCCUGCAGAGUCCGAGUCCAAGGACUUGCUCUUCUCUUAUCGCCCAGGCCAAUCUGGCAAGCUUCAGCUCCGGUACCACAAGCACGGUUGCACUUCCAAUUGCUGGGAAGUUCUGUGGGAGAUUCAGGCUGGACGAGAUCCGACCCAAUCCCAGCUAUGGCAUGAGGCCAAAGUUGUAAUUCCCGCCUUUGCGGACGGCCUGCAGUUCAUGGCAACUGGAUAUGAUUCUGCCAGCAGUGUGGCCGUGGACAACGUGGUAGUUUCUGAAGUUUUCGUCUCGAGGCCUUUUGCAGAGCUGUCAGUUGGCUGGGCCCACUCCUGCAUCUUACACAAGAGUUCCGGAGAGGUGCGCUGCUGGGGUUACGGGGGGAGUCUGGGGCAAGAAAGCUUGGAGUCCAUUGGAGACGAGCCUCUCGAGAUGCACCGGCUACCCGCGAUUGAUCUUGGCACCGGCCGCACGGCAGUGCAAGUAUCAGCUGGCCGCGCGUUCACGGCGGUGCUUCUUGAUGAUGGCACAGUGAAGGUGUUCGGUGUGUCCAACGCCGCGCAGUCGCUUGGCCCGAUAGGGGACAACCUGCCCGUGAUCGACCUGGGCGAGGGGCGGACGGCACUGCAGGUAGAAGCGGGUGACGACAUGACGUGCGCUCUGCUGGACAAUUAUAUGAUUAAGUGUGGACAUUACGGCCAAAUUGACCGUCUCCUGGUUCUGGGAGCCAACCGCAGUGCCCGACAAGUAUCUCUUCGGCCCUCACAAGAACUCGCGCCCGGAAGGUCCAGAGUGUGUGUGUUGUUGGACGACAACGGGGUGAAAUGUUGGCAAACUCACAACCCCUACGGCAUGAUCGAUGGCGACCACAUGCCAGCAGUGGACCUGGGAGGGAGGCGGGUCAAGGAAAUUCAUGGUGGCACGUCCUCCUUGGAGGCGUGCGCUAUCAUGGAUGACGGAACCGCAAUGUGCUUUGCACAUGACAGCUAUGCAAGCAGCGUUGACUUUGGAUCGCAUACCGUGCGGCAGUUCAGCAGCGGCUGCGCGCUGAUGGAUGAUUUUUCCGUGAAGUGUUGGGGAUGGAAUGCAAGGGUCGGGCAAGGAGACACGGCAGGCAUCGAUUUGUCCCAAGUCGGCGACACGCUACCUUCCAUUGAUUUGGGUGUGGGCCGCACUGCACGACAGAUCGCCAGUAGCGAUCUCCACGCAUGUGCCAUCCUCGAUGAUGAUUCAGUGAAGUGCUGGGGAGACGGGGGCUACGGCAGGUUGGGUAGCGGGGAUGUCCAGGCCAUAGGAAAUAGACCCGGUGAGAUGGGGAACCAGUUGCCCGCUGUGGACUUGCCGGUUCCAGAUACCGAGACCUCGGUGCAGGUCCGCCUCCACGAUUCAGCAUGCGCAGAUUGCAGAGUCAUGCGUGGCCAGGUGCAGGUCUUGCACAAAGGCGUGUGGGGUGCUGUAUGCGAUGAUGAUUGGGAUGACGUGGACGCACGGGUCCUGUGCAGGCAGCUGGGGCUUGCAGGUGGCAACAGCAUCUCUCGUUUUGGGGGAGGAGAGGAGCCCAUCUGGAUGGACGGCUUGGCUUGCUACGGCAACGAGACCAACCUUGGCUCGUGCCCGUUCCGGGGCUGGGGUGUGCACGAUUGCCACGGCAUCGAAGCAGCCGGUGCCGUGUGCCACGUGGAUGCUUGGAGUGACUUCUCCACCACGGUCUCGGUCAGCCCAGCCAGACGCACGAGGCACGUCGCGGUGUGGCUGAGCAGCCGCAGCUCUGUGUUGGUUCAUGCCGGAGAGGCCAGUGCCCACUUCGACUUCUUCUCGGAUACCUGGCUUUACAGUUUGCUGACGCAGUCCUGGCUGCAGCUUGUGACGAGCACCUCGGGCCCCUCCCCCCGAGCGGGGCACACCGCCGUGUGGGAUGAGAUCCAAGAAGAGAUGCUGGUUUUCGGUGGCGAGUAUGGAACAAUCCUGCAUGAUGAGCUCUGGAUCCUGAGCCUCCGGCAGAACUCCUGGAACAAGCCUUCCGUUCCUUUCAGCCCGGCAGGCCGCGUAGGCCACUCAGCUGUUUGGCAGUCGCUUCGCCGUGCGAUGUUGGUCUUCGCGGGCCAGAGCGGCUCCUUGUUGAACGAUCUCUGGGCAUACCAAGCAGAGGCCAGGACCUGGAGGCAGCUGCAAAGUGCACAGAGCACUUCGAGCAGUCCCGAGCCCGAGCCCCGCAGUCGCCACUCAGCUGUCUGGGAUGAGGCGACAGAGUCCAUGCUGGUCUUCGCGGGCUGGGCCGGUUCGGAGCCGUUGGCGGACCUGUGGCACUUCAACAGCUGGCAUCAGCGCUGGAGCUUGCUUGAGCCUCUCGGCUCACAGCCACCGAGCCGUGCUGGGCAUGUGGCCGCCUGGGAUCCUCUCACCAUGUCCAUGCUUGUGCAUGGAGGCAUACGACAUGAGGACGGAGAGUCCAGCUACUCCGAUGACCUUUGGAACUACAGUUUGCUGUUGGAUUCCUGGAUGCCUAUGGCCCUCCACGAACAUGGCCUCAGGCCUGCCGCCCGAACAGACCAUGUCGCCUGCUGGGAUUCCCACUCUCGAAGUUUGCUCAUCCACGCUGGUUUCGACGCAUCCUACCGAAGUGACACCUGGCGAUACCUCGGCCCAGAAGUCUCGCCGACGCUCAUCGUCGAAUGUGUGCUGGGUCAACAGUGCUAUGUAGAAUACCAUCAAGGCCUCGCAGUCUUGGAGAAUUGCUCGCAGGUGAGCGAAGGUCGAGGAUUUCUCGUGUACAACGGCUCCCAGUUUGUGUUUGCCAACGACGUACAGCUCGAUGACUCUACCAAAUCGUCGCAGGUAAACAUCCUUCCGGGCACAUAUCGCCUCUGCAGCUGGCACUGUUCGGUGUCGGCACCAUGUGUUCAAGAGAGUGAUUCUGUUACUGGCACGGGAUUCUUGUUGGUGCGGGGUCCUUUCCCGGAUCAGUCCUUCGAGUGCUUCGUCGGAGCGCAGUGCAUCGUAGUCGGCUUACAGGGGGCGAAGCUUGCACAGGAUGACUUACUGCUGCCAAUGCAACUGUGCGUCACCUCGAACGCAUCUUCCUUGUUUCUAAAUCCACAGCCUAUCUCUGCUUCUGUCACAGCAUCUCAUGACUUCGCCUUCGACUUCGGCAUGUUGCCAACAAACACAACCCCGGAGAAGCUUCAGCUGUGCUGGUGCGCGUCCAGAUCGAACUGCAGUGCUCCAGAGGACUUCCGUGCGGUGGCAAUGAAGUUGGAUGUGGUGUGCCCUCCGGGCACCUACGAGCUGCUGAGCAUCAGACAGUGCCAGGAGUGUCCGGCGGGCUAUUUCUGUCCAGGAGGUCAGGCUGCUGAGUUGCGGCCGUGCCCCGAAUUCAGAAUUUCCACUCGCCGAUCCAGUGCUGAGGAGCAUUGCCAGUGUCGCCGCGGCACUUACUGGGACGCACAGUCCAGCUUCUGCCGUCCGUGCCUCAUCGGGUCUUACAAGAAUCGGACGGGAACUGAGUUCUGUCAAAGUUGUCCGGUUGGAACGACGACACUAGGCACCGGAGCCAUAUCCCUGCAAGAGUGUUAUUGUGCAAACAACUACUUCGACACGAACCUUGACCCGGAUCUGUUCAACUGCACACAGACGGCAAGUGCCUCAGCCCUGAUUGCAACGCACGGACUGCUGGAUCUACGCAGACAAGUUGAAGCACACGUCUUCUUUGGCUCACUUGAGGGAGCAGGGGCCGCAACUUUGGUGGAGUUCCGCGCUGCUCUGGUGUCCCACCUUGGACUGGAGGGACUGGCACGCGCAUCAUUGGAUCUGAAGGUCGUCAGUGACAGACUCGACUACGAAGUCACCAGCUCAGAAGCAGAGCUCGCCACCGAGCUGCAUGCAAAGUUCGAUCCGGCACCCUUCUCCGCUUGGAUAUCUUCAGACCAGAAAGAAACUGAGUGGGCUGUGGCAACAGUGGCUCUUCAGGGACCCGUGCUGGAGCAGUUGGUGGUGUGCCCUGGCAUUUUGGCAUUUCCACCCGGCCCCAUCGGAGGCCUCGCAGAGUGCCAAUGUCCGCCUGGCACGGAGGCCUCAGCAGGCAGCUGCCAAGCAUGCCCAGCAGGCAAGUACAAGUCGACAGUGGGCAACGCGAGUUGCACGGCUUGCAGUUUUGGUUCGACGACAGGGCUGUCCGGCAUGAUGUCUUCCGCAGACUGCGCUUGCAGGGCAGGUUACGUUAGCAGCGUGCCAGGGGAUCCUGCCAGCUGUGAGCCUUGUGGGUUGGGCUUCUUCUGUCACGGUGGAGACCACCGAGAGGCCUGCCCGCCGUCAACAUCCACAUUGGUCAUCACUGUCAGCACCGUGGCGGACUGCGUCUGUGCUGCUGGGCACUUCGGCUUUGAGACUUGCGAAGAAUGCCCAGCAGGCCGCUUCAAGGACUUUGUCGGCAGAGGCGACUGCUCGCCCUGCCCGGUCGGCACCUGGAGCAAUGCCACCGGAGCUGUCUCAGACGCACCCUGCACUCCGUGUGUCGAAAAAUCGACCACGAAGCUCACUGGGUCCGGGACCGAAGAUUUGUGCAUCCGCCCACGCGGCGAGCAGCAGUUUACUUGCACCUCUGGGACCGUUUGCGACUUGCACGUGCACGGGUUCAGUCUCCAAGAUGGACAUCGCCUCCUCAUAUCCCAAUCUGAAUGUACUGGCAGAAAGGUUGCAGCGUCCGGCGUUGCCAAUGCAGGCAUGUCCGAGGUUGCAAGCGAUGGCGGCAGUCGGUACGUGUUCAGGGACUUCGUGCCGUUUGGUGGGAACUACCACCUGUGCUGGUGCGCCAACAUGCAUGACUUGACGUGUGUCGAGGCUGAGGACUUCCAGAUCUCUUCCGGUGAGCUGCGGGUCAUCGGACCCUUCGGAAAUCAACAGUUCGCUUGCGUCCGUGGCCAGGACUGCACAGGCUUCCAGGUGCAAGGCAUUGGGCUGUCUCAAGGUGACGGCGUGGCUGUGCGGAAUGGUUGUGGUACUGAAAGCACCUUGCAGCUCUCGCCUGCCAAUCAGAAUGGCUCCGGCCUCUUGCAGGGUGUCUCGCAACUUAACUUGAACUUCGGCUCAUCCCAAGAUGGCUUCGAUCAUAGCAUAUCCCUCGAUGAGAGCGAGGGCUACGAUCUAUGUUGGUGUGGAGUACGGCCUUGCACGGUCCAGGAUUUCGUGGUUUCCUUUGGCCAGCUGGUCGUGGAAGGUCCCCGCAAAAAUCAGGAGGUCAGCUGCGCGGUUGGCCAACCAUGUGCAUUGCCGGACAUCCGGGGCCAGCUUCGACCAGGUGACAGGAUCAUGGUUCUGGCCGCCUGUGGCACAAGUUCAGCCAUUUCAGGCUUCCCGGGUGGCGGCGUGGCAGAGAUGGUUGAGCUGCCGCAGCAAGACGGUGCGGCUUUCCACUUCCGGGCCGAGUCGAAUCUGCUUCUGUCACCUGCCGGGAUCUUUAGACUUUGCUUUUGCAGGCCACCUGCAGAUGCAGACUGUGACGGGGCAACUUCUUUCCGAGCCUCUGUUGGGUUCAUGACAGCUGCUGGUCCCUUCCAGCAGACUUCCACCUGCAGCGUCGGGAGCUUUUGCGCACUGGAGUUGUCAGGCAUCGAUCUGCAGGAAGACGAUGCAAUGAUGGUGGUUGAGGGAACUUGUGAUAGAGCCGCCGGCAACAUGAGCAGUUUCAUGUCCUUGAACCAGCCGUUUUACCUCCAAAGAAAGGACGAGACGCUGCAGCUGUUGAUGGGAUACCUUCCGGCAUGGACUGUCCCUGCAACUUACGGAAUCUGCUGGUGCCCAAAACACCGUGCUUGCGAGCUAGCUUCAUCAUUUCGAGCCCCAGCUGGUCGCUUGCAGAUUGAUUGCCCAGAAGGUACUUUCUUUACAUCCUUGCGAUGUGUUCCAUGUGGCCGUGGCUUCUAUUGUCCUGGAGGUGGUCCACGGUCCGCAACAAGAUUUCCUUGCUCCGACCAUGAGACCACACGGCAACGAAGCGCCUCUGCACCUUCAGCUUGCGAGUGUGUGGCUGGCUACUUUAUGGAUUCCGGAGGUUGCACCACCUGUGACAGAGGAUACUACAAGGCUGAUGUGGGCAAUGCCUUGGCCUGUAAUGCUUGUCCGCAGAACUUGACGACUCUUUUCAGUGGCUCGGUGUCCAGUGCAUCGUGCAUUUCUCCAGCUACAGAUGAGGAGGGAGGCUCUGGUGUGGUGGACUUGAAUGAAGCAGGCGUCAGCAAUGCCUCAGACGUAGCAACCAUGACUUUCAACAUAUCUCUCGGCAAAGACUGGAUUGAUCCAGAUGUCAGGCGUGAGCUGAUUGCUACCUUGCGCCGAAGCAUCGCAGACUCUACACGGAUGGAUCCUAGCGCUGUAGAGAUCAUGCUACCUUCGGCAGAUCCAGCCGGCCGCAGGUUGUCAGAUUUGCCUUCAGUUGUGAUCAUGCUGAAAUUUUCCUCGACGGUCGAGGCCAACCUCUCUGCACAGGAGACGGAUGUGAGUGUGCUUGUGAGUGACAUGAGCGAUGCUGUCCGGUUGAAUGACGACUUGUCCGACUUCAUCAUCGAGGCAGCAUCAGCACCCGAGGUGUCCUCUGUGACAAUUACUUGCCCAGAGUUUUCAGCCAAGCCUCCGGGUGUCCCGAUCUUAAGUGCAAGUGACUGCCUCUGCUUGCCGGGCUACGGCUUCGAUGCGCAGUUUGGCAUGUGUGGCCUUUGUCCCCAGGGUGAGUAUAAAUCUGCAUUGGCAGAUACAGAAUGCAACAAAUGUGAGACUCCGAAAUCAACUGCUCAGCGUGGUGCCACUUCGGUGCAACAGUGCGUUUGCGCUGCUGGCUUGUACGACCAUGAGGGAGACUGCCGCAUUUGCGAGAUCGGAUAUUACUGCAACGGCUCGGGCAUCGCACUUCGAUGUCCAGCAAACUCAACGACGAUUUCUGAAGGAUCGCGGUCUUUGUCAGAGUGUCUCUGUGAGGCCGGAUAUGAGGCUGACCGUGAUGCAGAACGGUGUGAGCCAUGCCCGUCGGGAAGGUACAAACCCAGCUUAGGCAACGAAGUCUGCUCCCUGACGUGCCCUGCGAAUGCAGACAGCAGUCCAGGCUCCACGGAAGUGGAUGCUUGUUACUGUUUGCCUGGGCACGUUGCAGAGACUGACAGCAAAGGCCAGUUGCAUCGCUGCGCUUCCUGUGCUCUUUACAGUGGCUUGGUUUGCCCUGGUGACUUCGAUGAGGGCACAAGGAAUCACACCCAGCCAAGAUCCAUUGCCGGCUGGUUCCAAACUGGCAGCACGCUGGCGGUCCAAUGCCACGUUGUCCUUCCGAACGGAGACAGUGCCUGUAGUGGCCUUUCUCCGGAGUGCAAGCGUGAUGCAACUCUUGCAGGUUGUGGCAAAGCUGUCGGAAAUCAAUGCGCCGAGGGCUCUUCUGGCAUGAUGUGUGGGGAGUGCCCGGACGGCUGGGGCAGAGGCAACCCUUUGGAAUACUGCCAGCCCUGCCCUCCGGACGAGGGUGCCUGGUUGCUGGCAGCCGCCGUCCUAGCAGACCUCACGCGAAUUACCGUUUUGAACUUCGUGCUUACUGUUCUGGCGGCGAAAGGUUCGGGGAGCUCGCUAAAGCUCCAUACCUGCAUGAUACGCAUGAUGCAGGCCUGGAUUGGAGCAUGCCAGAUCUUGCUUACCUUUGAUCUGAAUCGGUUGCAGCCUUUCUCGUGGUCUCAGGAAGAAUCACAGGUCAGCUGCGAUGGGGAGUGCACUGAAAUUUUACGAUUUGCGUGGCCUCAGGCAGUGUCCGAUGCCAUGCGUGGAGUUUUUUCUAUGAUAGCAGUGAUUCCACGGGCGAGCGUCCACUUCGCGGCCGAGUGCCAAUCUGAGACCUGGUCGAGCGAUAAGGGCAUGAAGUGGAGUGCGCCGGUACUGUACUACCUGUGCUUGCCGGUGCUGAGUCUUCUCGGCACACUUUUCCUGUCAACACUUGUGGUCUACGCCGUGCUGCCGCUGGGAAAGAUGUUCGGGAUCCAUUUCAAUGAAGCAGACCGCAGGAAGGCCAAGAAGCAGGCAGCCCUACAGGCAGUGCGAGGCCAGUUGAACCUCAUGAAGCAGGGCCCUCACGGCGAGGGUACCGAGUCGGCCCGGGGCCAGGGCCGCAUCCUGCAAGAGCUCCCGCAGGGAGUCUGGGACGAGGUGCACUUGGAGAAGGUCCCAGAUGUCGUUCUCGCUGGAGGCAUACAAGAUGAUCAGCUUGUUUCCACUGCUUCCGAUGGCUUGAUCUCCGAGAAAGCCCUGCGCCGACUGGUCCUUGGUGUCCUGGCGUGGAAAGUGCGAGGAGAACUUGAGGCAGAAGCUGACCGGGAAGGCCUUUCAAAGGCGGACUUCGUCGUGGAGGUGGCCGGCACCGCAGAGUCCGUCGACGAGCUCGUCAACUUGCGAGGUGAAAGUGGACGGUCCCUGCUCAGACGCGCUUGCCGUCAUCUGCGACUGAAAGAGUCGGAGCUCGUGGCAGCGGUCCAAGGGAGCGCGGCAAGGAUGGACCUCGCUCUCUUCACAUCCUGGCCUAGACCUAUGGCGCUGCUGAAGCAAAGCGUUCCGGUGAUAUGGCUCACACAGCUUGCCUUAUGGCCAGAGCUGAUGUCCCAGUUCUUGCAGAUGGUUCGAUGCAUCUCGGUUCGUGAAGAUGGGCAGGAGUCGGCGGUGACGGUGCAGCGGCUGCAUGCGCAUCCCGACGUGGUGUGCUGGCAAGAGGAGCACUGGACGCUCUUCGCCAUUGGCGUCAGUGGCCUGGUGCUAUGGUGCUUCGGGAUCCCGCUUGCCUUGUUCCUUCGAAUUUGGGCGCUGACCGAUCGCCAGGAGCCAGAGAACCGCCGCCUUUUCGGCUAUUUCAUUGAAGGCUUAGAGCCCAGGUUCUGGUAUUGGGAGUUGGUCGUCAAGCGGCUUGACAUCGGCCUCAUGUUGCUGAUCGCGUCCACGUCCGUCACCACCGACGACAAGGCAAAACUAUUGCUCUUUGCUUUGAACUCGGGCAUACAACUGGCCGUCACGGCUUGGCUGAAGCCAUAUUCGAACUCGCAAGCAGAAAUUUUGGAUUUCUUGGAGUGCCUGCUGCUCGGUGCGCGCUUCGUGCUCUUCACCACUGUGGCGGUGCUGCUGAUAUUUUUUCCACCUGCAGAGAGCAUGUGGGCUUGGUCGGUUUCGUUGCUGGUGAUGCUGGUCUCAGUUAUCGUGUAUGCGGUGCUUCACAUCAUUGGUCAGACCCUGCGCAAUGCUGCUGGCCAGCUGGGCGGCAAGCCCAAGACGGGGGAGGAGCGGAAGAUUGUGCUUUGUCAUUCGCUGGCCUCCCGAAGCGGAUUCCUCAAGUUCGAUGGUGCCAUGGCUGCUUCUGUGCCGUAG